GGGGAAGAAAGAGUAAUGAGUGAGAGAGAGAGGGCGAUGCGGAGAAAGCUGGUGUUGUGAGAUAGAGGUUUGGUUGUAGUCGUUGCUUCAGCAGCAGUUUGGAUGUUUAUGGCAGUAAAAGCGAGUCAAGAUGGAUGUUAUUUGGUUAUUGAAUGAAAGAAAUGGACGAGUGGCCGUUGCCAACUGACCUCCCAGUCAAUUCCAUCAAACGACCAGUUUAUUUCUAUGCAAUCUGAAGCCAGCAGACGACACUCAGAACCCGCUGUUUGUGUUUCAGGUGGGUACUGGGAUGUUGUGCCCUUGUACAAUGCCCAUCUACCUGGUUCUGUAAAACUGCCGAAAAGGUUUCAAAGAUUUGUGCAUCAAGCUACGUCAUUCCGUGAUUUAGAAAACAUGCAUAUAAGCAACGUGAGGUGCAAUGGCACAAACAACGAGAGUCGCUUGGCAGAUUUGCGCCAAGCUAUAAUGUGGUUGCGACACGAACUGAUUGAUCUUCGCCAACAUGAUGUUCUUUUAAGGAGACAAUUCCUCAACAUCCAGAACACAGUGGAAUCAAUAAAACAAAGUCAGGGCUGUAUUGACACCAAUGGUGAUAUGGUUGAAGAAGAAGAUGAUGAUGACGACGACGACGAUGACGACGAGGAUGAUGAGGAUGAUGAUGAGGGCAUGGCAAAUGGCAUCGAUCCCCCUUUGUACCCUUCCCUCAUUAGAAACAGGAGCCUGAUUAUUCGGGCUUCAGCAGCACAAUCAACGACAAAUGAAGAAAUCAGUCAACUGGAAUUCCGACCGAGGACUUCCUCGACGGUCACAGCGAGAGAUUUGGCAGCGAAAGCCCGGAGGAGGGACAGCAAAGAACUUUGUCUAUAAUCAAACUGAAUACGCUGGGACUUUUUAACUGUACUUUGAGCUUCAUACUGCCAUGUAGAGUGAGAGAAGGUGGAUGAGAGAAAGAGAGAGAGAGAGAGAGAGAGAGAGAGAGAGAGAGAGAGAGAGAAGAGAGGAGAGAAGAGAUGAGAGAUUGAUUGUAAAUAUAAAACUGCUGAAAGCUUGUCUCUCUGUUGCCUUGACUACAAAGUCAGAAAACUUAUAUUUUCCUCUAUAAAUCCAUUCAAAAUAUGGAAAAAAGUUUUCUGUC